AAGCAACACCUCCUUCCAACCUGGACGCAGACUGGUGAGCUGUCAGAGAAAACUCUGAGAUUCUGCUGCUGACACCAUGACCUCAGAAGCCUGCGGGGUCAGCCCAGAAAGCAAAAGCUGUCUUCAGGAUGCCAUUGAGUAUUUCCAGAACAGAGUGAGCAGAGAGGAACUGCAGCUCCUGCUGACUGAUGUUGAGGCCUGGGAGCAACUUGUGGCUGAGGAUGGUUUGUCCAGCGAAGACGCAUGUGCACUACAUGAAGGUCUGAAUGAGCUGAACACAGACAUGGCCAUGGAACACAGCAUGAUCCAAAAAGACCAACUGUAUAGGAAGAAGAUCAUGGACGAGUUUCCUCGGGUGAAACGGGAGCUUGAGGAGCGCAUAGGAAAGCUCCACGCACUUGCAGACAAGGUUGACAAGGUGCACAGGGACUGCACCAUCUCCAACGUUGUGGCAGCCUCCACUGGCACUGUGUCUGGCAUCCUGACCAUCCUUGGCCUGGCUCUGGCACCCGUGACAGCAGGGGUCAGUCUGGCACUCUUGGCAACUGGGAUAGGGCUGGGAGCAGCAGCUGCUGUGACCAGUGUGUCCACCAGCAUUGUGGACUCCUCAAGCAUGUUGUCAGCAAAAGCUGAAGCCAGUCGCCUGGCAUUAAUUGACAGUGACAAAAGGGAGGUGGUAGAGGAAACUCUACGUCACAGCACACCGCAUAGUCUUUCUUUAUCAAAGAAUUCCACCCAAGUCGUGGUAAAUAUUAAGAAGAACGUCCAUGCUAUCAAGCUAGCCAAAGCCAAACCUCACUUAGCAGCCUAUACCAAAUUCCUCAUGGCCAUUGGGAGAAUCUCGGUCCAAAGAGGCAAGCAGAUACAGAAAGCUUUUGGAGGCACCACGCUGGCAAUGGCCAAAGGAGCCCGGAUUAUGGGUGCGGCCACUGCAGGUGUCUUCCUUCUGAUGGAUGUGAUCAGCCUUGUGGAAGAGUCACUUCAUUUGCAUGAGGGGGCAAAGGCAGAGUCGGCUGAAGGGCUGAGGCAGCAGGCUCAGGAGCUGGAGAGGGUGUUGGAGGAGCUCACCCAGAUCCAUGAGAGGCUGCAGUAGGGCCUCAUUCCAUGA